AUGUCGGGUCCUACUCUUAAACGGAGAAAGCUGGGCUCCGGAGAGGGAGAAGACAGCACCAGCGUACCAAAGAAACAAAAAUCGCCGGCUGUCCAGCGCAAUGGACGGGCCAGCAACUCUGCAGCCGAGUAUGCACUCGCGCGUGGACAGUACAAGUCCAGCAUGUUCAAGCUCCAGAUAGACGAGCUGCUCGGUCAACUGCGCCCUGACUACGAUAAACUCCUUUCCCGAGUCGAAAAGAGCCUGCGAAAGCUGAAGACUGUCAUUGAAGAGAUCCCAAACGGCACACCAAAGACACUCGCCGAAGCGAAGAAGGAAUUCGAAUCUUCAAAGGUUGCAAUUCCAUUUCCAGAGCCUCCACCGGCCAAGGAUAUCCGAUAUACCUUUGAAUAUACCAAGCCGACAGAUAUAAAUGUUGUGGGGAGCUUUGCGAUGAAGACAAUGGCCAAGGGACAGGGACCUACCCAUAUCGAUUUGGCCGUCACGUUGCCCGCUACGCUCUUUCACAAGAAGGAUUAUACAAGCUAUCGGUACUUCUACAAGAGGGCAUACUACCUUGCUCGCAUUGCAGCAGCGAUUGAAGCUGCGGAUGAUGUGGACUAUGCUACCAGUUAUACAUAUCAGGACGGAAGUACCCUUCGGCCAGUUCUUUUACUACAACCAGCAGACGGUGCAAAGGAUGAUUUUUCACGCUCAAAUUGUGUCAUUCGCAUAAUAACUGCGGUUGAAAAGGACACUUUCUCCUUUUCACACACUUUACCAUCACAUAACAGCCUUCGACUUGACAAUGAAACCGAGCUCAAAUCAAUUGGGACCAACUCGACGCAUAUUUAUAACGCAUCCCUUCGUUCAGAAGCGGUGGUUAGUGCGUACCUCAAACUCCAUCAUUCUGCUGGCGUCAAGUGCGCUGCAUUCAAGGAUUCAUGCAUCCUGGGUCGGGCCUGGCUUCGUCAACGUGGAUUCGGAGCCUCUUUCGCUUCAGGCGGAUUCGGCCACUUUGAAUGGGCCACUCUCCUUGCUCUUCUCCUAGAGGGCGGUGGUCCUAACGGAAAAUCCGUGCUCGCUCCAAGCUACAGCAGCUACCAGAUUUUCAAGGCAACACUCCAGUUUCUCUCCGGCAGAGAUCUUACGAAACCACUUCUGAUCCAUGCUCCAGAAGGGUUAGGUACAGUGACUGAUACCGGCUUCCCUGGCCUUUUUGAUGGGAAGCGAGGUUUAAAUAUCCUAUAUAAGAUGACGCCUUGGUCUUAUAAACUCCUGCAGCGUGAAGCCACAUUGACUCUAAAAAUGUUGAAUGACUCAACCCGUGAUCAUUUUGAUAGUAUUUUUAUCACAAAAGUCAGUGACGCCUUUUAUAGGUUUGACCAAGUUACAGCUAUUACUCUACCCGGACGCCGCCCACCAACAAUCCAGGCAGCCGAGCGACUCCAGUCUCUUCAUCGAGUUUUAACCAAGUCUCUUGGGGAUCGAGCCACAACGAUAGACCUCACUUCGGGAGAAUUGCCGAGCUGGCCCGUCAAAUCCAUUUCACCAUCGAAGGAGAACAAAAAAUGGGUUAUAACUGCCGGUUUGAAUCUUGAUGCCGCUAAUCAGGGUCGCAGCAUUGACCAUGGACCUUCUGUCGAAGACAAGGAAGAAUCGGCUGCUUUCCGAAACUUCUGGGGUGAUAAAGCCGAGCUACGUCGAUUCAAGGACGGCAGUAUCAAGGAGAGUUUGGUGUGGUCCGAUCAGGCAUCUUCUGGGACUCCCGUCCAACAAAUAUUGACCUACAUUCUUCAACAUCACUUCAAGGUCACUCCAGAGAAUAUUGUCUUUAUGGCAGCAAACAUCAGCCAGGCUAUUCCUGGCAUCUCAAAUGCGCUAUCGAUGACCCAAACCUCUGAACCAGUUCUAGAAGCUUUCCAGAAACUUGAAAGACAUUUCCAGUCAGAUGAGAGCCUCCCUAUUGCUUUCAGCCAACUACUUUUAGCCACCCCCCUCCUUCGAUGCUCCCCCGACUUACCCGGAGCUCCUAUGGACGCAAUCCUUCUAUUUCAAUCUUCCUCUCGUUGGCCUGAUGAUUUAGGCUCUAUUCAAAUGACCAAGGUGGCUUUGCUUCUCAAGGUGGAAGAGUCAAUCCGCAAAGCAGACGGCGUUAUCCAAGUCAGAGUUGGAACAGAAAACCACGAGAGCAACCUACUGAAUACAUCAUUCCUUGAGGUCCAUUACUCCUCCUUUAUAAUAUUCCGCCUGCGUAUCCACCAUGAACCAGAGCAGUCUAUCAUACAGGGCCAACUGAAGAGCAAGGAUUUACCUGCGAGGAAAAAAGAGGAGCUCGCUGUUGCUCUCGCCGCUUAUAAGGCAACUUUCCUCCAAGCACCCCGCCAUGCUCAGGCACUUCAAAGUCUUUCAAAUCGUUACUCGCUACUCCCUAUCGCGAUCAGGAUGCUAAAAUCUUGGACAGGCGCCCACCUCCUGGCUCCGUUUAUACGUGAAGAGCUGCUAGAGCUCCUAACUUGCCAAAUAUUCCUCACUUCCUACCCUUGGGAUGCCCCUUCAAAUGCAUUCACAGCUUUCCUUCGAACUCUACACAUGAUGUCCAAGUGGGAUUGGCAGCAUGAGCCACUCAUAGUUGACUUUGGUGGCGAACUUGAGAGCCAGGACUUCACAGAUAUCCGUACCCGCUUUGAGGCAUGGCGAAAGAUUGACCCAAUAAUGAAAAAUGUUGCUCUUUUUGCUGCCUCGAAUAUCGACCCAGACGGUGUUACGUGGACACAGCACAGCCGUCCACCGAGAAUCAUCGCAUCUCGAAUGGCCAUGUUAGCCAAGGCUGCAUCAAAAGCUGUUCGAGAAAAGGGCGUGGAUCUGGACGUUGGUGAACUGUUCCGAUCUCCUGUAGACGACUACGACUUUCUACUUCAUCUAAGCCCAUCAUUCGUUUCGGACCACACAAAGAAAGCCGCCUACAAGAAUCUCCAAGAUUCAGCCUUGACUUCCGAGUAUGUCAAACACGAAAUGGUUCGUGAUCUUGUUGCAGAGCUUAGCAGUAUAUACGGAGAGCACAUCCUGUUUUUCCAUGGUCAUGCUAGUGAGAAGGUGAUAGCAGGCCUUUGGAACCCGCAGACAACAAAGACACAACCGUUUGGUCUUAAAAUUGGAUUUUCAUCUUGCCCGACAAAGACCAAGGAUGGAGAGGAAGUGGCUUUGAACAAAAAGGCAAUUUUGAAUGAAAUUGCAUCUAUAGCAGGGGAUAUCAUUUCUAAGGUACAGGUGCUCCAUUGA